UGAAAUGGCGAUUGGUUAUCUCUUCCUCUUGCCAGCCCCUUAAGGAUCCGAGGUGAAAUUAGUAGCAAGAAAGCAUGUAAUUGACAAAGUCACGUGGCUCAGGGGGCCAGAAACUGGAGAGAGAAGAGAAAAAAAUCAAAAGAGGGAAAGCACAUUAGACCAUGCGAGCUAAAUUUGUGAUCGCACAAAAUCAAGAUGUUAGAUUGAUUCAGAAGAUCACUCCGUUCCAAAGGGAAAGUUUUCAUCUCACGAGUUUGGAGCAGAGGGCCCGUGGGGCAACAUGGCCGAAGGCGGGGCAGGCAAAGGUGGUGGUGAAGGGCCCGGGAAGCUGCCGGAGCAGGCAGAGGAGGAAUCCCAGGUUUUGCACGGAACUGGCCACUGUAAGUGGUUCAAUGUGCGAAUGGGAUUUGGAUUCAUCUCCAUGAUAAACCGAGAGGGAAGCCCCUUGGAUAUUCCAGUCGAUGUGUUUGUGCACCAAAGCAAAUUAUUCAUGGAAGGAUUUAGAAGCCUAAAAGAAGGAGAACCAGUGGAAUUCACAUUUAAAAAAUCUUCCAAAGGCCUUGAAUCAAUACGGGUAACUGGACCUGGUGGGAGCCCUUGUUUAGGAAGCGAAAGAAGACCCAAAGGGAAGACACUACAAAAAAGAAAACCAAAGGGAGAUAGAUGCUACAACUGUGGCGGCCUUGAUCAUCAUGCUAAGGAAUGUAGUCUACCUCCUCAGCCAAAGAAGUGCCAUUACUGUCAGAGCAUCGCGCACAUGGUGGCCAACUGCCCACAUAAAACUGUUGCGCAGCCGCCUGCCAGUUCUCAGGGAAGACAGGAAGCAGAAUCACAGCCAUGCACUUCGACUUUUCCUCGAGAGCUGGGGGGAGGGCAUGGCUGCACGUCACCGCAGUUUCCUCAGGAGGCGAGGUUCGAGAUAGCAGAAUGGCCAGGCAGGUCAUCUCAAGAAACUUCCCUGGCGAAGUCCUCUGCAGUGCCGGAAGAACCAAGCAAAAAGGGGCCUUCCGUUCAAAAAAGAAAAAAGACAUAACCCUCCUUCUGAAAUGUUACCGAUUUCUUUCCCCAGUUGGGAAGUCUACCUCAUGCAAGUACAGGGGAACAGUAUUUCACAGCAGCAGCUGAUUUGGGAUUUUUAACUACUGUUGAGGAACUGUGAAUUUUUUAAACAGACAAAUCACUCUAAGCAAAUUACAUUUGAGCAGGGUGUCAUGUUUUAUGUGACUCAGAGAAUGAAAUACUAUGUAUAUCUAUAUGUGCAUGUGUGAGAGGGAGAGAGCCUGAGUCCGUGUGUGUGUGUGUGUAGGAGGAUUUUCUAUAGGAAUGUAGACAUAUAUAUAAAGCGGGUUCGUCUUUAUAUAUGUGUGUAUAGAGAUACAAGCACACACCCUCCCUCACAGAAUUGGACAUCCCCAAGAAUUGCAAACCCAUAUGAAGCAUUUUAGAUGGUUUCAGAGAUAAUCCCUGGAGAUUUUUCUUCAAAUACCACUCCCUUUAUAUUACAUGAAAAUAAACACAUGACUGUUACCUUUUGUGUGAACCAAAGGCUACUUCAGAUCUCAGAGCUGCCAAUCAUAUGGUACUAAAGGUUUUAAGUCAUCAGUUCUCCCAAGUAUGGGAUUGCCUCUCUUUCCUGAUGUCUAUAGAGGGUCUCCCCUACCCCAACGCCCUUUGAAGGCAGUACCUUAACUCCAUAUGCCUCCGACUGCCAUAAGCUCUUUUGAAUCUGGGAUCCAUAACUCCAGAAAAGAUAAUGAAUGUGUAAUUACUGUGCCGAUAUUUCGAUGUUUUUAAUUCAUGUGUUUUGACUGUAAAUUAGAUGCCUACUAAGAAAAAUGAAGGGGGAGGGCAAUGUACAAAUGUAGUGACUUGAUUGUUUUCCAUGAUGUUUUGAUACCAGCUCAUUAUCAUCUUUCACAUGUUGUGAAGUUUUUAAGGGAUUGUGGCAACAGCAGCUUCCCUUGACGGAGUCAGUCCGAACCAUCGCGCCGAACAGGGGGGCCUCCUCGUUUACUACUGAAGACCUUGGAGGAAAACUCUAGUCGUGCGGUGUUGGUGUGGUUUUUUUUGUUGUUUUUUUUUUGUUUUUUUUUUUUGUUUUUUUGGUGGCUUUUUUUAUUCCCCCUAGAGAGUUACCUAACUUGUCUCUAAAACCAGACAGCACAGGUAAGAAUAAAAUCCUGGGGUUGAGAACAAAAAGUAAGUGGAUGUUCACAAUUGCCCACUACGGUUGCCCUACAGCAGCGUGGGGUGGCAGGCAACUAGACUGGCGUUCCUGGGGCCGAGUGUGGAGCCUCUCCUAGGGAGAGCUGGAAGGAUUUUCACACGGUGGCAUUGAUUUUACAGAGGUUCCCUCCAUUGCUCAUGCUGGAGUCACCUGCACGGCGGGUUCAGGGCGAACAUUCAGGAAUGGGGAUAGAGACGCUUCUCAGGUUGGUCCCCAGUUAGGUUAUUAACAAACUGGCUGGGGACCAGUCCUAGUAUCAGUCCCUUUAGGUUUCAGUCAUUAAAAAAAUGUUGGUGUCCUCCUGGUUCUAUAUGUUAUGGCUAACUUUCUGAAACAUCUCCAAGAAGGUACCAAUUCAUUAUAAUGCUUUAACAUGGGCAAUAAACAACGUUUUGUGUGAGCCUGUUGGUGUAAGCUCAGAUAAUCAAAAAAAGAGAAUAGCAUGAGUCCAUUGAGACCUGUUCUGCUGAGCAGCUCUGCCCCCUCCCCAACCUAUCCUGGCCUGGGGGACGUAGGCAUUUCCUGCUGCUUCAGCAAGCCAGCAUUAGGAGAAAAUGCCACAGGCUGGGUUGACGGUCCUUUAUAGCUCAGCUUGAAUUCCGUGACAGUGUUUGUGAGAUUCUCCGUGGUUUAUAUGUCCGUGUGCUGUGAUGCAAAGCUUACCUUUGACGAUAUUGAAUGUGGUAUAUAGCUGUAGAGAAGUACUUCCUUGCCUUAUGUGAGGAUUGUAAGCUUAUUUAAAUUAUGUAGACAAAUCAAAGUGGCAUUGCUUAAUUUUUAGCAGGCAUAAUAAGCAGGUUAACAGGAAGAAUGCAAAACAUGAUAAGUCACUUUGAAAAUUCAAACCAAAGUUCCUUGACCUUAUAGAAAUAGGAAAUUAUGGACUUGAGAAUUGGACAUUCCCUGUUUACAUAUGAAAAGUUCAGAGCUGAGAUCAAGAUUUAAAAAAAAAGCAUUUUAUAACUGGACCUUAUGGGUGCAAUUUAAAGUCAUUUUAAGCAUCUUACCAGACUGAACUAAGAGCACAUACCAAACCUAUCUUAUGGUUAAAAGCUGGGGUUUAUUUUUUAUAUAAGAAUAUUAUCACUAUUACAUAACAUACUCAGGACAAAGAACUUUGCUCAGGGAACAUACCAUAUAAUGUUGUUAUUGUUUCUUUACAGAAUGGUCUACAGUCCUGCUUACUCAAAACAAACCAAAUAACUUAGACCUUUAUAUAAGUAUUAUGUACUGAUGCUAGUAAUAACUACCUCUGAGUUUGACAUAGAUCAGAAUUUUCAAAUAUCAGAUAUCAGCUUUCCUAUUUUUAUUUCCCAUGCUCUAAAGCAGAAUUCCAAACUCCUUGCAUAUGUGAAUAUCACUGAUGUGAGCACAGUGUCCAUUCACGUGGGUGAAAUACUCUGUUUACAGCAAAAGUCUACCUCAUAGUUGAUGCAUAGCACACCUUUAUGCUGCUCCAGCCUUACAGUGGCUGAUAAUUCUCUGGUACAGAACCUUUUAAUCUGUGUUAUAGAUAGCAAUUCACAACUACAUGUUUCUGACAAACACUUGUGAAUAAUGAAGCAUCUCAUUUAGUUAUUAGCAACGUCUCCGGGCAUUUCCUUAAAGUUAUCAUGUAUUUAAUUUAAAGACUUAUGGGCACCCUUCCACUUAAGCAAAAAUACAGAAAACACAGAAGCAAUCUUGGACAUAGCUGCUUUGCCCAGAGGUCAGGGUGGGAAGGGGUAGCAGGAGGAGAGGUUGGUGUAUGAGUGUAUUCAUGCUGGGCAAAAGUGUAAAGGAUGCCAAUCUCCAUUUUUGUGUCUGUGCUGCCCUAAGGCCAAGCUUAUUUCAGCAUUACUGCCCUAGGCACAUAACAAACUAGCACUGGCUUGCCAAGGAGUGAACAUAGAGUAAACGUGCAAUGCCAUUUCUAGCUACUGAGGAGAAGGGUCUGUGUGAAGCAUCAGUUUACAGGGGUUACUAGUAGGUUGAGCAGGAGGACUGUAACUUAGUUGCCCCUUGACCUCACCCCCAUGUCAACACAAUUGUAAUUCCUAAGAAAGAUGCACUUACCAGUCUCUUAGCCCUGGGAGCUAUUCAUUGCUACAUGGCAGAUUAUAGUAGAAACCUUUUUAUACUUGCAUUUCUAGUCUUUACUGGAAGACUUUGGAUGUAUUUUUACAACUGAAAAAUUUUAAAAGAUUUUUACCUGCUUAUAACUUGGAAGUCUGGCGUGCAAUGUAGGGAAAAAGAUCAAGAAACAUCAAAGUAUUUAACAUCGUUCCAUCUACAAACAUAGGAUUUUUAAUGCCAAUAUUUUGAAAUAUUCUGGCUCAGUUUUGUUUUGCACCAGUGUGGCCCCAAGUUACUGCUAGUUGUAUUUAGUUUGUGAAUAGAAGCCCAUAAGUGUUAAUAGACUUUGUAACAUUCACUGUAAGAUGAAUUAUACAGGACAUGGGAAAUCUCAUUAAGUCUUAAAGUUAAUUUAAAUUAAUUUAUCUGUUUUCUCUAAGAAAUGUUUAUCAUAAAAUAUAUAUGUGUAUUUCCCCUUUGGUUAUACAGUUUGGGAAAGUGUGUACAAGUGCAGCUGACUUUAAUUUCCUAGAUGUCCUAAUGAGAUUUAUUUGUUUUAGAAAAGAACAACUCGUGAAGAGCGUCAAGUUCUGUCUUAACAUAGCUGUCAGCAGCCUCUUUUAAGAUGUGGUGGUUGUGUGAUCUGUGUCAUAGAUGUCCAGUUAGAGUGUGAGAGGUUGACCUAUGAAUCGUUUUUAAAUUUUAUAUUUGGAACAAAGCUGCGAAGUUAUGGUAAAGUACUGUACUGUGAGAAACUAUUACGCUAUUUAAUACAUCUGUGGCUUAACACUUGUGAGUGUCACCAGCUUGAAAAUGAUGGUGUUGACUACCUCUUGAAUUACUUAGUGUCUGUCAACCACUGGCACCCACCACCAAGCUGGCUUUAAUUAGUAUGUGUUGCUUUUUGGUAUUAACAACUCUAACCAUCCUAGAGACCAAAGUGAAAACUGAUUCCUGUAUGUCUUUAAUAUGGUGUUUUACCUAGUGUUUUUAACUUAUCAUGUGUAGUAUUUAGAUUACCUCAUUGUCCAUUUUGGCUCAUGUUGUUUACAAGUGAAAAUAACAAACACUUGAACUAUGUGUGUUUAAAGGACAAAAAAGGAGUAGAUGUUUGGAAUGGCAUUUCACUCAUGUAAUCAUCUUGAUGGACUAGAAUACUGUUUGCCUUUCUGCAGACCACGGACUUUAUAUUCUCAUUUCAUGCCUGAUGUCUUAUUCUGUCAAUUAUGGAUAUUUUAAGGUUUAAAAAUUACUUGAUUAAAAAAUAAAACAUAUAACAUUGGCAUUUA